UUAAAAAUAAUUAAAAAAAGACCAUUUUGUCUUAAAUAUUUUACUGAUCCGAUUUAGAAAUGUAGCACGAUGGAAUAUAUAAAAGCAGCAAAAGUUCUAAAAGGAAUAGUUCUGAUUUAUGCAUGUUUUGUUACAGUGACAAGGGCUUCUUAUAAUGAUUCCACAACAUAUGAUGACUCCACCAACAUAACUGAUUGCGGGCCCGUUCCCAAUAUCACUCAUGGAGUUGUGCAGCUUCAGGACGAGUAUGACACUUUGUAUGGAGCACUGGCGUACGUGCUAUGUGACAGAGGGUUUGAAACAAACAUAACAGUUCUAACUUGCCUCGACACUGGGGACUGGGAGGAUUGGGAAACGUUCGCAAGCUGUGAACCUAUUGAUUGUGGAGAGGUACCAUAUAUCGAUAACGGCAAUACAGCUCUUGUUGACAGUAACAAUUCAACAUACAGAGCACAAGCAAUUGUGAAUUGUGAUCCUGGAUACAGUGCUGAUAAAUCUUACAUCAAAUGUCUGUCGUCGGGAAACUGGGAUGAUAAUGUCACCAUAAACGAGUGUGAUGUCAACAAUAUACCAGUUAUUGCCAAUGGCGAAGUGAUAUUGAACACAGACAGUAAUCAGACAAUUGCUUCAUUAGUUAAUGUGAGCUGUAAUAAUGGAUUUGCUGCGACUUCACCAGUUGUUGCAUGUAUGGGACAAGGUGUAUGGCAAGAUAAUGUAACAUGUACUCCUUAUGUUCUCGGCAUCGUUAAGGUUGAAACUGGUCAGGACAUUGCUAAUGGACAGCAUUUUGCCUACUUCAGAUGUGUGUUUAACAUUGCGGUCGGAUUGAAAUACAGAAUCAAAUGGUAUAAAGAACACUGUUGUCAAAUAAAUUUGAAAAGGCAAUCUAAGUAUGAUAUAUUUUAAUGCGCAUUUCGUUUAUUCCAGAAUAGACAGUAUUUUGUUUAAAUAGAACGCUCUCGCCGGCUAAACAUUUGAUAAACGUUGAUGUUGAACAUCAUAAGACAAGAUUUCCAGAUCUUGAAAUACGUGAAUAAAAUAAAGUAUACUGUCCCCCAAAAAUAUAUCAACUUAAAUAAAUCAUUAAAAGAGGAAUUUGAUAUGUUUUCUAUGUAUGGCCAUAGACAGAUUAAAUAAAACGUACAUGUAAAAUGUAUGGCCAUUUGACAUAGUUAU